GCUCUCUAUUGUCUUCCCGCAUUACGCUUUGGUGAUAGAGUUAGCGUUUUAAUAGCUAUCUUAUCGUUAGAUAGAGUGAGAGAGAGAAAGAGAUUUUUAAUUAUACAUUACUUGGUAAUAUUAAAUCAAGAUAACAUUUUUAUUAAAUUUUUGUAAAUAAUUAGUUGCUAUGGCUGAUGAAACGGAGCAGGUUCCAGCAAUAAACGUGAAAGAACCAUUGGAUUUAAUAAGAUUAAGUUUGGACGAACGAAUUUACGUAAAAAUGAGAAACGAAAGAGAAUUACGAGGACGUUUACAUGCUUAUGACCAACAUUUGAAUAUGGUAUUAGGUGAAGCGGAGGAAACUGUUACAACUGUAGAAAUCGACGAAGAAACAUAUGAAGAAGUUUAUCGUACUACGAAAAGAAAUAUAUCUAUGCUAUUUAUUCGUGGUGACGGUGUCAUUUUAGUAUCUCCGCCUAGCAUGAGAGCACCCAUGUAAAAGAUAUGUUAACUUCUUUAUUUGUAUACAAAAAGAAACAUAGGCAAGAUAAAAAAAAAAGGUUUUUUCUCUAACUUUUCACCAGGUAACGUUCGUGUAACUUUUAUGUACUAAAAUAGAUAUAAGAUAUGUAUGAAGCAUAAACUAUAUGCUUGCUGCAAUUAAAAUAUAUUUUUCUUUUUAUAAA